AUGCCAGAGGAAACGUCCGUCGCGUCAAGUUCUGGGAGCAGCAUGGACGAGAAGCCGUGCUCGUCGUCAGCAGCUGCGACGGACAGCUCUGUCGACGUCAUGGAGGAGGCAAAGAAACUCAUCGGCACUGGGAACAGACAUCUAGUGAUGGGUGACGUGGUCUCUGCGGUCGGCGUCUUUCAGGAAGCAUGUGGCAUGUUAGCUGCCAGAUAUGGAGACACAGCAGAUGAGUGUGGCGAGGCCUUUUUCCUGUGUGGAAAGUCCCUACUUGAGCUUGCCAGGAUGGAGAACACAGUCCUUGGAAAUGCUCUGGAAGGAGUUCCGGAAGAAUCUGAAGAUGAGGUCCCGCCUAAUAAUUCAAAUAUUGAAAGUGCCAACAACCUUGACGAAAAGACUCUCGAUGAGCUACGAAAGCAGGUGUAUGAUGCAAUGGCGGAGAAGCCUGAGGCAGUAGACACGAAGCCGGAGUCGAGCUUGGAGAACAGCACUGAAGUGAAGCUAGAAAAUGGUGUGGCAAAGUCUCCUUCAAAACAAGCUGGGAAUGACUGUGGGAAGGCUCCUGAUUCCCAACUGAAUGGGGAGGAGGGAAGUCUUUCUGAGGAAGCUAAAGUGAACAGCACUGGGCAAAGCCUCACUGAGUCCCCCGGAAUUGAAUGUGUGGCAAAGACUGAAGUAUCUCAAAAGCAGAAUGGUGAAGAAACUGAGGCAGACGAAGAAAAUGGCCACUCCAAACCUGAGGAGGAAGAGACGGAGGAGGAGGAUGCUGAUGAUGAUGACGACGAUGAGGAAGGGGAUGAUGAUGGUGGUGACAAGGAAGAGGAGGAAGUGGGAAAUCUGCAAUUGGCUUGGGAAAUGUUAGAGGUGGCGAAGGUUAUCUACAAGAGAAAGGAAAGCAAAGAAGACCAGCUAAUGGCCGCACAGGCAUUCUUGAAACUUGGAGAAGUUGGUGCGGAAACGGGCAACUAUCCUCAGGCACUAGAAGAUUUCCAGGAAUGUUUGACUUUGCAGCUAAAGCAUCUUCCUCCUCAUAAUCGUCUGCUGGCAGAGACCCAUUACCAUGUUGCCACAACACUAUGCUACAUGAAUCAGUACAGCCUGGCAAUUCAGCACUACAACAGCUCCAUAAAAGUGAUUGAAACGCGCCUCGCCAUGUUGAAGGACUUGAUCGAUGCUGCUGAGGGCAACAAAGAGACAACAGAGGCGAGCACUGAGAUAGAAGAGCUGAAGCAGCUUCUGCCUGACAUUAGAGAAAAAAUAGAAGAUGCUUUGGAGACCCAGAAAACAGCCAGUGCUGCCUCUUUGGCCAUCCAGCAGACUCUUGGUGGUGCUUCAACUUCAUCAGAAACCCAAAGUGAAAACGGAGGCAGUUCAGCAUUUGCUGUCCCCACUCAGAUUCCAGUGAAGUCAGCUGAUGGUGCAGCUUCCAAAGUGGCCUCAGACAUCUCACACCUAGUCAGAAAGAAGAGGAAACCAGAGGAGAACAGCCCCAUAAAGGACACUGAUGCUAAGAAGGCCAAACAGGAAGCCACAAUUUAUUGCAGUGGAAACUCUAGUGCCAACAAUGGAGUUGAGGAGCAAAAAUCACAGGAGCCUGCUGUCCAGUCAGCUUCUGUCCAGUCUUCAGCAUGA